AUGCUUGGCCAACAGCAGAAACAACAGCAGUUCAGCAACACAACCAGUGGGCUACAGCCACACCGGAAGGCGCAACAACGCGGAAGCCGGAGCAGCGACCCGCUGUCCGGCUGUGCGGCAGCGAACGGAGGCAUCAACCUGCAAGCGACGGAGGCAAAAAUCGAUGAGCUCGAACGUGGCGAGUUCGACCUCAAGCUCAAGCUGUUCUACAUGGAGGAGCAGCUGGAGUUGGCUGCCGGGGGGACUGACGUGCUGCAGCUUCACAAGGAAGUCAUGGAAGCGAAGCUGAGCUUCGUCGUGACGGCAACGGCACCGGCAAGGCACCGCGCACAGGCGGAGGAGAGGGCGCAGGCUGCGGGAGACGCCCUGUCUGGACUAGAGGCCAAAUGCAGGGAGCUCCAGGCACAGGUGCGAGAUGUCGAAGCACAGAGGGCGAAGGACCGGGAGAACUGGGCCAUGCUCGACGGGGAGAGCGAGACCAAAUUGAAAAAACACACGCAUCUCCUAGAGGAUGCUCUCCGGACGGAGCGGGCGGAGAACCAACGGCUCCGUGUUGCGAGGGACAACCGGAGGAGAAGCUGGGACGUCCCUGGCGGGAGCGGCGAGCAGCAGCCGAGAGCGCCGCCGCGCCGAAGGAGCAGCGGGGAGUACGAGCAUGUGCACCAGGUGGGCCCUCGGCGCGUUGGCAGCGGAAGCUGGGGAGGCCUUGCACGUGAGCACCACGAGCAGGAUCGACAGCUAGCGGCGAAGGUUCGGUCCCAAGAUUCCUCGCUCCGGUCCUUGCGCGCGGACGUUUCUACCCUUAGGAGGCGACUGAGGACGCAGGCAGAGACACUGGCGAAGCAGAGAGAGGAGAACACCACCGUGCGCCGGGCGGCGGAACAGGUGGCUUGCGUAGAGGCGGAAGAGAUCGCGAGGCUAGCGGUAGACCUGGAGCGAGCGGUCCGCGCGGCCAACGCGGAGGCCGAAAAGCGCCGGCACGCUGAAAAACGCCUCCAGGCUGCGGAAACACGCCUGCUGGACGCUACCGCCGGGUGUUCGCCACUUGUUCUACCAAGGCCCGAGCGGGCGCGAUCCCCUCGUGCCUCUGCCGGUCGCGUCGAGGCGCCGGCGCUAAGGGAGGCGGCGAGGGUGUGUCGGAAGCCGUUCGGGCCGGCCGCCGCGGAAGGUUGUACCCCACCGGGGUCUCCCAACGGGGAUGGCGAAAGGGCUAGCGGCAGCUCCCUCCCUCCGUCGAGAGGAGCGUUGGGCAGCACCAUUGCCUCGAGGGGGAGGUCUGCCGCGGCGGCUCGCAGGAAAGAGGAGGGUUCGAGUGCAGGGAAGGGGAGGUCCCAGAGCUCCCCUCCAAGAGGCCGCGACACGGAGACCAAGGGCAAGAGACGGCCGUGGGGGUCUUCUCCGCCCCCAAGCCCUCCCCGCGGGGGGAGCUUGCUCGGCAAGCCGACUGUUGCGAGCAAGCUUAACCCGAGUCGCCUUCGGCGACCGGGAGAAAACGAGGCUGAGCAGAAGCAACCCCCCCCGCGGCGGCGCCCCGGCGAGGUUAUCGGUGCCGUCAAGCGCGAGUCUACCGGUUCGCCCGGCAACGGCACCGAAUCGCGUGGGGUUCAAACCGGGACUACCCAGGACCCGUCCGAUUGCUCCGUGGGUCCGCGGGAAGCGGAUUCUGCUGGCGAGUCGAGAAGAGGGGGGUUCACCACCGUCGGACGGGGAGGUAGUACGGCUCCCCACGUAGAUGAGACCGCGGAGCCCCGCAUAGAAGCAGCCAGCGCGGGGCGCGAUCUAGGUAUUACGCCGACUGUCGGGGGGAUAGCGGCAGCAAUCCGCGGUGUAGAUUUGAAGGCAACGAUCGCCCGAGAGCUGAGGGCCGCUGUCGCGACCACCCCCGCGUCGGCUGUCUCUUCCGAGAAUUUCAACGGCGGCGGUGGCGGCGGCGGGCAGAGAACGCCCGCGGGGGGGGGUGCGCCGCCAGGAGGAGACCGGCAGCUGGAGAAGGCUUUGGGAGAGUUGGACGGAGGGGACCUGCUGCACGAGAUAACGCGCGGCAGCGGCAAGUGCGCGUGGACCGACUUGAUACCUGACACGGUAGCGGGCGGCUUGUCUUCGGCGGCCAACAGCGGCCGGGUAUUGAAGAGCCGGGAAGUGGCCGAGCUUGAAUCGGACGUGCAGCACAUCUUUCAGUUUUUUGCUGCCAAGGAUGGUCGGAAGCGCUCGGGUUCAUUGCUUUCGAAAGCAAAUGGAGCGAAGGAAGGGGAAACGGACUUUUUGGAGGAAAUCGGCAAAACGUUGUCGUAG